CAUCAGUCAAUAUAUGUCAUCACUGAUAUGACGGCUGUUAAAAUUAUUCCGUUGAUAACUGCAAAGGAGAGUGUUUUUUAGUAAGGAAGGAUAACGUUUCCUGUAAGUCCUGAAUGAGUUGACUAUCAAUAAUACAAGGAGUUUUUGUUCUUUGUUCGCUGAGUUCUUUGUUCCAAGUAUCCUGAGAACCAUCUUAAAACGUUUCCUUCAAACCCAUACUCAAGACAUUCUUCCAUCCUGAAAUAACAGACUGAAGCGCACUCUCACACGAAUGGUCCUUAAUUUAUUUUCUUCUACGCAUUGACGUAAUUGUUGAUUGACAACAGUUUGACUGUUGACAUUUUCCAAUCAUGGGGAAGACAUCCUGUUUCCACACUGGAAUUUAUAAGCUCGCCGCUGGCUGGACAGUACACAAGCAAUGUUAUAUGCAUUCCUUACAGAAACAGAAUCGAUGUUGAUGCUAUGACAAAUGAGAACCAUACGCAUAGAAGAAAAGUCGUAGAUAAAUAUUACAAUCGUCCGCCUUUCACUCUGAAGAUGAAAGAACCCUCAGUUGCAAGAAGCAAAUUCAGUGAAAUGACUCCCAUAAAGAAAAUGAGGAACAAAUAUCACAGGUUAGAGACAUCUUAUAGAGAUAUUAUAAACCACCUGGAAAAUGGGAUUAAACCACAAGAAAAGGAUACGACCAAAGAGAUUAUUCCGAAAGUUAUCCAAAGUUUCCAAAGAGUUACUCCGAGCAAGGAAAAUAACUUUCAUUGUACAAAAAAGCCGGUAACCAGUAACAACACUUCACUGCACACAUUCUUCAGAAACAAGAUUAUGCCGCUGGGGAAGCACAUACCGGAUCACAAGAUAAUGAGACAUCUGUUACAUAAUUUGGCGGAAGAUAGUGCAGAAGCGAAAUAUUUCGAUGAAUUCGCAGAUACGAUUCCUAUAAAGGAAGUUGACAUAAAUGCAAAGACAAAAGAUACAAGGAUUGAUAAGUCAACAAGCACAUCUGGUUUAUUAUGGCCAAUAUCUGAAGAGCCAAUGUUAGAUAGAAUGCGACCUAAAACGAAAGUUCCGGGAAGACAAAGCUCAAGCCAAGUCAUGGCAGAACAGCACCGGUUAAAUAGAGUUAUUUCAAAUAGGUUGAAGUCUAACCAAUCAACAUGUGAAACAAGACCACGGCAUCUACAAACUAGUGAAAACUAUAGUGGUGAUACACACUACGACUGUGAAGCUAUUCCCACAAAGGAACGAGGUUCGUGUUACGAUAUCUCCAAGAAUCAAUAUCAAGACAGCAAAGAAAUUGCUGUAAAUCGAAACAGUCGAUCAAAAAGUACAUUUCAAAGAGAAAAAAGUUUCGUGAAAACCCAGGUUGAAAAAUAUAACAGGAUAAACGGCAAAAGUGCUCUUCUUCGAAAGUUAUCAAUUCAUAAAGGAGGCAUCUCUUCGAAGGAAAUCCAAAAUUGUACUUGCCCUUAUACUGGUUUGAUGAACCGCGCGAAGAAGAGUUUUCCGAAGUUCGAUACUUAUGAGAAUUCUACAGAUAACAACCAAGAAUGGUCGGAUAACUACGUGGCUGACACGUGGAAGAAAGAAAAAAUUACAUUUCCAAAAGAAACGCGGCUGGCAGUGGAAGGCAUGAUGGACAGGGCUAAACAUCCAAGAAUACCUUUAGCCAAGUUUGUUCAAAAUAACAGCCUCCAACUUCGUCCGGCUAUUGAAUUGGGAGAUGGUGAAGACUUGAAAACACCCUAUCAAAACCUCGCUAUACCCUGCACUAACAAUCUCCUAUGCGACAGAGGACAACAUGAAGGCCCAUGCGAAGAAAUAAAUACAGCACCACCGGAGGCAGUGGACCGAUGUCAGUAUAGAAGGCAAAGGCAUCGCCAUAGAUAUGUGAAGUGAGACUGUAUUAUCAAUAAAUGAAUAAAUGAAGUACUACGCUUUAGUUCAUAGUCCAUUCCAAAGGAUUUACUCACACUUCAGUUUAAGAUUCAUAGGUAAUCCUGACUGAUAAGUAAUUUUGAAGUAUAUAAUGUUUUAUUUUAGUUUAUAAUACA